CAAGUGACGUCAGGUGACGUUCCUUCUUAUAGGAGGAAAGGUAAACUUCUGAAAACAGAGAGAAUAUACUCAGAAUCAAGAUUGAAACGUUCGGUUGUUGCAUCUAGUGCUACCCGCACUAUUCCAGGACAAGCGACAGCCAUGCGUUUGAUAUGGGGGUUCAUGAUUAUUCAGUUGUGUGUGUGCGUGAGAGGCCAAUCCUUCAAUCCGAGGCCACUGAGUGAAAGAGGGCGACAAACACCUGCUGCAGUCGUUUUGCCCAGAAGUCUCUCCCCAACUUCUGUUCAACAAGCUUUCAGCAGAGCUCAAGAAAUCAUCUCAUCUCGACGCUCCACACUAAGUGGGAGAAGGCGGACGUUCGAUCCCCGAAGAAACGUUCCUUCAGCUCGUCAUCAACGCUUCCAAGGUAUUCAGGGCCGUGCUCUGCAGUCAGAAAAUGUGCAAGAAAACUUUGAAGAAGCCACAAGGGUUUUGCUCAACGAUUACAAUCUGACCCCGGAACAGAUUAUGUUCGGUCUGACUGAUAUCCGCAAUAUGCUGCCGGGAAAUGAUGUCGCAAGUUGUGAGUCUCAGUUUAAUUUCACCUGCAAUCCAAACUCUCGAUACAGAACCUUUGACGGAAGCUGCAAUAAUUUACGAAACCCUUCCUGGGGUAUGGCAGCAGCCUGCUUUGAAAGGCUUGUAGAUCCAGACUAUGCAGACGGCACUGCGGCCAAAAGAGUGUCAUUGUCAGGAAGUCCAUUACCUCCACCUCGUACUAUUUCCUUAGAAAUCCACGAACAUCUGGACAACCCUACAGAUUAUGUGACUCAUAUGUUUAUGGUGUAUGGUCAAUUCCUUGACCAUGACAUAUCGUUGGCUCCCCUCAGCCAAGGACCAAACAACCAGCCUUUGGAAUGUUGUCCAGUGAACGAAGACGACCCUCCCCAAUGCGACCCAAUCCUCCUCGGAAGUGACGACCCAUUCUUCGGUUCCCUUGGAAUUGAUUGUUUAAGCAACGUACGAUCUGCUAUGUGUUCCACUUGCUCACUUGGACCCAGACAACAAACGAAUCAGGUGACAUCAUACAUAGAUGCCUCUCAUAUUUACGCAUUAAACCAAAAUCUAUCUUCUGCACUGAGGAAUAACGAUGGAUCAGGGACCAUGCGAUUUGAAAAUUCCAGAGAAGGUGGGGAACUUCUACCUCCUAGUGCUAAUCCCAACGAAGACUUCUGUAGUUUUCAAGACCCAAAUCUUAACUGCUUCGAAACAGGAGACCAGCGAUCUAAUCAGCACCCCGCUCUCACUUCUAUGCAUACUCUGUUUCUAAGGGAGCAUAACAGAAUCGCCAGAAGUCUAAGAAACCUCAACAGAGACUGGGAUGGAGAGAGAAUUUACCAAGAGACCAGGAGAAUACUGGCAGCCAUCAUGCAAAUGAUUACUUACAACGAAUUCCUGCCCCUGGUUAUUGGUCCAGAAAGAAUGGAAUGGUUUGAUUUGAACGUACAGCGCACCGGAUACACUCAGUAUGACGACACUGUGCAGGCUACUUUGGCGAACGAGUUCUCGGCAGCAGCUUUCCGUUUUGGACAUUCCAUGAUUAACAGCUUUUUUCCACAGGUUUCGAGAGGAUCGAACGCUGCUGGAGACAGACUGAGAGAUAUAUUUCAAUUCCCUUUUGGUUUGCACAGAGGAGAAUUGGAAGGUCUAAUCAGCGGAACUACACAGUCACCAGGACAAAAAUUUGAUAGGUACAUGGUUAGGGAUGUGACCAACCACUUGUAUCAACAGCGUGGGAAUGCAAGUGGCUUGGAUUUGGCCUCACUCAACAUCAACAGAGGUCGCGACCAUGGAGUUCCUGGCUACACCACCCUCGUCGAAUUCUGCGGGGGACCUCAAAUCAGAAGCUGGAGGCAGUUGGAUGGACUUUUUCAGCGUGGACUCAGACCUCUUUUCCAGAGACUUUAUGAAGAGAUAAAGAAAAUAACUCUAGGAAAGCUAAUCUGUCAAAAUUCUAAUAUUGAUCGAAUACAAGCCAGGGUGAUGCUUUAUAACAGCAAUAGAAAUCCUGUAGUAAACUGUAAUGAUUUACCAGAAAUGGAUUUAAGAGCCUGGAGUCGAUAAAGGUUAAAGUAGUA